UUUAGUGCUUUGCCAGUAAACACCCAACAUACCUACCAGUAUAUGUGUUUUCACACACACACUCAGUGAAGGGGGAAAGAGCAAGUACCAAAGAGGGAAGGACAACAUUAGGUCCUGUGAAACUCACUUGAGUAUUUGCAAAGGGAGGUUGUUUGAGCUGGAAUGAUGCUACUCUUCAUCUGUUUCCUUUUGUCUCUGUGAGAUUCUGUGUUGCAAGGAGCAUCUUGUGAAAUGUCCUUGCAGGGUAAUGAUGAAAGUUCCCCAAUCUCCAUGUGCUGUGGGGAACACCCAGGAUAUGGCUUUUUCCUGUGCACCAGAUUAGAGACUGUGAAGGCUCCUCACCCGUGUGGGAGCUGCCCUGUGUAGUAGGAAGGCUGCGUUUGUGGUCAGAUUGGUAAUGCGAGCUCUUGGAGAAGAGUGAACUCUGUUUUCACACUGGUGGAGAGAAUGAAUUGCCGAGGGAGAGUCAGUCCUGGAACUGCAGGUAACCACGUACCCUUCCUUUCUGUCCUCCUGUAGAAGAUGGAAGAGGUGGGGGAAAUACAGGGCUGGGAUGGAUAAUGGGCAUGGUAUGGUGGCUGUCCUCAGAGCAGGAGAAGGGGCUUAGGUCAAGGGCAACGCAAUGGAUGAGGGAACUGGGGGGAGUUCUCCCCUGGGCUGGGAGAAUGACCUUUUUCCUAGAGCCAGGGGGAAUGAAAAUCCAGGCAGACUAUGGUCUCCCAUUCCUUUCAGUGUUUUAUUCUGUAAAUGAUGGGACUAAAGAGUGCUAUCCUACUAUGACUGCCCUGGUAAAACAGUCUGCAUCAAGCUGAGCACAGGUCACUCCUUCCAUCUCUGGUGUCUCUAAGGAAAACCAAGUGAGGACUGUCCCAAGAGCUUCUAUGUGAAAUGUUUUCCCUUUAGAAACAAUCAUUUCCAUGUGUCUGGCUGUGCAAAAAAAUGAGCUGGAGAGUUGUUCCUUUGGUUGAAUAUAAACUGUUGCAUAAAGGGGUUUAUGACAUAGAGCCAAAAUAAAGGUAGCUGAGAGAAAGAAGCUGGAAAGUGAGAUGAAGAGGAGAGAGGUACAGAAAGAGCAUUUAGUGAAAGACUGGGGUAAUGGGGGUAAAAAGAAAAAUGAGUUUGAGGAGAAAGGAUGUCGGACAGCAUAAAGGAGGCAUGAAGUUUGGACAGAGUAGAGGCAGGUCUUGUGACAACCAGCAAAACAAAACAGCAGCUUCAAGGCAGCCCCUGUGUUACUCUGCUCUGUGGGUCUGACUCAUGGCUAUUGACAGGCAGCAGGACCUGCUUACAGCACCUGUGAGGCUCCCCAGUCCUUGGAACAAGGGUACCAGCAGGCUGCUGGGGUACAGAGCCACCUGGGUUAUGCUGCCCCUGCCUCUGGUCUGGGGGAUUCCCACUCUUGCUUUGUGUUUUUCAGCCCCAGCAGAAGAGAGAAGCUGCUCCUGGCUGAACCCCUGGGUCUUCCUUAUUUCAGUCCUUGUCAUCAAAACUGCCUUUGUGACCAUCUGCCUUGUUGUUUUACUUCAUGGAGGCUAUGGCCAGUACAAGAUUCUGCUCCAGAACUCUACAGAGUGGCACUGUGUUCCCAACAUUUCUGCAGACAAAAUGGAAGGUUGGAUGUGCUGCCCAAAGGGCUGGAAAAGGUUUCAAAACAGCUGCUAUUUUCUCUCCCUUGAUACGAUGUCCUGGGCUGAGAGUGAGCAGAACUGCACCAGGAUGGGCUCCCACCUGGUGGUGAUCAACAGCAGGGAAGAGCAGGAGUUCCUCUUCAAUUUGGCAAAAGAAAAAGUUACUAACGCCUAUGAAACAAAAUACUACAUAGGCUUAACUUCUUACCGAAAUGGGCAAUGGCAGUGGGUGGAUCAGACUCCAUAUGAGAAGACAGCCACGUUCUGGAAACCUGGAGAACCCAAUUUACUCUUUGCAGAAAGAUGUGCUGCAAUUCACAUCAAGGGAAACAGAGACUCCAACACGUACAGUAACUGGAAUAACGUUCUUUGCUUCACAAGUUGCUAUCGUAUUUGUGAACUGGCAGUCAAAUUUGUCUGAAGAAGGAAAUUCCACUUUGGAUGAAGGAUCCAAGGAAGUAUCCUUGAGAAAGGCCAGCUCAUGAAAGCUGAUGAAAACCUGGCCUGAGAUAAUACAAAUACUUUAUCUUGCAGUGUAGAAUGAGCAAGCCUGCCAUAAAGUCCUAGAUCUGAAAGACCUCAGUUCCCAGCCUGUGCAUCUGCACCUCUUUCCAAUCUGGAGAUCAGUCCUGGAUGAAAUAGCUCAGGCUGAUAUCAAGGACUUACUGUGCCCCUUUUCACUCUUCUCCUUCACAGAUGAGGGUCCUGACUCUUCACUACUUUCUUUGUCCAGUCAGCAUCUCAAUGUGGAAAAGGCCAUCUCUGUUUCAUGAAAGGAUACCGGUUCUUCAAAUCACUGGAGCAGAAUUUGAAAGAGGAGGAUUCAGUGGGGUGUUCUUGUCCCUCCUCGAAAGGGAAAAAUUAUUUGUGGCUUAUCUUUAACGUUUCCUUCUUCCUUCAUCAUAUUCUGUGUUGACACAUUAGGAAAAAACCCAUAUUAAUAAAUGUUAAUUCUGCUCUUUGCAUGAGGAUGUCAUUUGAGUGACAUGUCCCAGAUUCCGACAACCCAGCCUCCCUGCAUGGAGGUUUUUAAUUUUCUAGUGUGUUUGGCACCUGUAUAUGAGAAUAUUACUGCCAGUGUGCUGGACUGGCCAGGAGCCUGACCCAGUGUUCACCUGCAGAGCCCGUGGAGAAUCACAUGCGAUGUGUCAUACUCAGUGCCAACCAUUGUUUCUCCAGGUUGCAACAGAAAGGAGAUGGAUUUUGGAGAUUCUGCUGAGAUGUGUGGCAUGGCAACAAAGGGGACAGAAAGAAAUCGAAUGUAAUAAGAAGUAUAAAAGCCAGAGUCCCCCAUGGAAGGAUUUCUAAUACAAAAAAAGGGUAGAAGACCCCUAUCAGAAGCAUCAAUGCAAAUAAGAUACACAGAAGUCUUGAGCAAGUGCUCUGCUUCCCUCAAGUUUUCCAAACCUGUCAGUAUGUUCCUCUCCUUUCGUCAGUGAUAUCCAUGCUCUUUGAAGAGCUGGUAGUUUCCAUUUUGAGACUGAAAAUAAACCCUGAAAAAUCUGCUUGUGGUGAUUUUUUUUCCCCAUCAAAAACCUGAGUACAAAUAUUUGUAACUUCUACCUUAAGUAGUGUAUUUGCCAGGUUUCUGGUUUAGCCACUGGACCAAAGGCUUGGCUGUUGCAAGGUCUUGGGCUCCUACUUUCUAAAGUUGCUGUGAUACUUUCACGAUGCAGAAAUUUUUUAGUCUUGUCCAACAUCACAGCAAAUAAGAAUAUUGCAAUGGACUUCUGCUUUGUAUGAUUUCUCUUUUUUAUUUCCUCAAAUCAGUUAUGGAAAUCAUAACAGCACAGUUUUGAGGCAGAAAAAGGGGCAGAUGAGACACACAGAGUGGCCAGUGUUUCGUAAGUGCUUUUAGAGGCAGCUGCAGUUCUGGCUCCUGGAAGGUGGUAGGGGACAGAGCAAAACUCACACCAGGAGAUUGGUUUUCAAGAAAAUGUAACUUGCUAGACACAG